CUUAAUUCGUUUCUUUUAAUUCUUUAAUCAUUUUCACUUUUCAAAAUCUUCAAAACAAAGAAGAAAAACAACAAAUUUUCCCAGCAAAACAUAGAAUUUUCUGUUCGAGUUCCGUAGUACAUUUUUGCUUUUGCUUUUCUCUUUCAUCCAUGUCAAAGACCGCAUUUAAAAAAGUUUGAGCUGUUCACUAAGUUAGAGUCAAAAGGAAGAAUGUCAAUUUUUUAGAAAGGAAGUGCAAAAAUGUCUCUAUGUCAAUUUUUUAGAAAGGAAGUGCAAAAAUGUCUCUCUUUCCUUUUUUCUCUUGGCAAUUUUCGUUGCCAUUUUUUAGAAAGGAAGUGCAAAAAUGUCUCUUUCCUUUUUUCUCUUGGCAAUUUUUGUUGCCAUUUUCGAUACCCAGUUACAGUGAAUAUUUGCAUAGAGGUUUAGAUUUAAGAACAAUGAGAGUUUUAUGUAGUACUGCUUUGAACAGAACAUAUAUCUCAGCUCAAACUUUUAACUUUGGGUAACAUGUAAUCGAUUGAAGAUUAAGAUAUUUCAUGUCUUUAAACUUAAUUAGGGGCCCGUUGAACAAUUUUGAUGUAGAGAACAUUGAUGAAUUGAAGCAGAAACUUCUAUACACCACCAUUGAGCUGGAAUCUGUAAAAUUGCAAGCAAAAGAGCAAAUCAGAAAGAGUGAAGAAAAUGUCAAGAAUUUACUUGAUCUUCUAAAUGUUGCAUACAAAGAAAGAGAUGAAGCAAGAGAUCAGCUUCAAAAGCUUUUCAAUAGGAUUUUGCCUUCUAGUCCUGCUGAAUUACCUGCGGUUGUUCCUCAUCCUAAGCCUGAAAGCCCACUCCUUAUGCCUGCCAAAGCAGCAAACUCAAGUAUUACAGAAUCAAACAGUCUGUCAGAGACAUACAAUCAACAAUCACAUGGUUCUUCACCUGUUGACUCUUUCUUUGAUGCAGUUUCUUCCCCAGAUUUCUCAACCAUUAACAUGGCAGAUUCAAGCACCAUGGCUUUUGUGAAGCAACAAUUUGUUCAAGACUAUAAUGCUUCUCUGCCCACUGGUUUGGUAUCUUCAACCAUGGCGAAAACCGAUCCUAGUUCUGCUGUUAUUGACAAUCUUGUUAAAGGAAAAAUUCUUCCCCAGAAAGGAAAAUUGUUGCAAGCAGUAAUGGAGUCUGGUCCACUCCUUCAAACACUUCUUGUUGCAGGUCCUCUUCCUAUGUGGAGAAAUCCUCCUCCUGUUCAACCUUUCAAAAUCCCACCAGUUUCUAUCAAAGGCUGUGAAACUGGUGGUUUUAAUCAGAAACCAGUGGAAAAUCCUUGCUAUAUUGCCCAAAACUCUCUUAAUUCGUUUUCAUAUCCUGAAAUGUCUCGUGGUCAUUCACAAACUUGCUCAGCUUCCUUGUUGAGCUUUAAUGGUAGGCCUUCAAGUUCAUGCUUGAACAAUUCAAGGCUGCUGACUUCAAGUUCAAGUUUUGGCAACCAAAUCCCAAUUGGCAAACGACAAAGGCUGCAAUAAAAAUUAAUACAAGUUUAGCCUUUUUUUUUUUUUUUGUGUAAAAAAUCAAAUUCCUGCGAUUGAUGGUGUAAAUUGGAUACUUCUGCUUCCGGCUUUGAACUUUUCUGGAUGACAAUAGCUAAUUUUAGGUUUAUUCUAUGCAUACUUGUGUAUCAAAUUGUUGCAUUUGCUAUUUCUUUUGUGAAAGGAACAUUUACCCUCAAAAAACCAGAUUUAUCUUUUA